AUGCAGGCGGAGGCGGUCGAAGUUGCCCAAGAAGCGAUGGCCAAGUUCACCGUCGAGAAGGACAUUGCCAAGCACAUCAAAAAGACUUUUGACGACCGCAAGGGGCCGACUUGGCACUGCAUCGUGGGCCGCAACUUUGGCAGCUUUGUGACGCACGAAACGAAGCACUUUGUGUACUUUUACCUCGGCCACUGCGCGAUCCUGCUCUUCAAGACGCAGUAG